CCCAACAGACCGCUCACAUAUCAUAAAAGCAGAGGAGCAGCAGAGGAAGCAGCUGAAAAGCGUCUGUGUCACACUCAUUUGCUCGGUUCAAGAUGACGGAAACGGAGAGGGCUGUUCAGCAGAACAAGGGUAAAAGCAUGACUUUCCGGUCCCAAAAAGAGAUGUUUGAGAAGAUGGAGGAAUCUUUCAAAAUCUGUGCUUAUUGUGAAAAGCGACCGAAUGAACUUUCCAACCCACAGAAGCUAAAGCGUUGCUCCAGGUGUCUGAAUGCUUACUACUGCUGUAAAGAGUGUCAGAAGGAAGACUGGCCCAAGCACAAGAAGUCCUGCUCACAGCUGCGACUGGCUGCCAUCGACAGAGUUGUGGAGUGGCUUGUGUUUAAAGGAGACCUUCCGUUUCCUACAGAAAAAUGGUCCAAGUCCCAGUCUGAGGUAAAAGGUUUCGAUGACUGGCUCUCCAUGCAGGGAGAUCUCACAGCACGCCUCGAUCCCAUUUUAAAUGGAAAAAACAUGAACAACUUGUGGACCGACGCUGGUCGGCCUCGGCCAGAUGAUGACGAUCUGAAGCAGUCGCUGUGGAGGGUUUGCAGCGAGUUCUUCUCCAGGCCCCUGACAAUAGCCUGGGGGAUGAGGCUGUUUGGUCUAAACCCUUUAUCCAAACCUCUCACCAUUCACCUGGUAGGAGCAGGCCACACUGAGACUCUGUCAGCCAGACUGACCGACUAUGAUGAGCUGAACAACAUGUUCCCCGGACACCAGGGGAUCGAAAUAGUCAUGGUGGGGCCUGAGGUGGUGGACGGCCCUAUCGUGAGGCCUCCCCUCAGAGCUUUUGGACCCAAACAGAGAGUCUACAUCAGCGCCUACAAGGGCCUCUACCAUCAGUUCUGGGAGGAGCUGGUGGAGAAAGAGGAGGCAGCCAAGCCAGAUCUGGUGGUUGGAUUUCAUCCUGGAUUUGAUGCCAGCCAAGGUCUGGACGAGGGUUGGCUUCCAACUCUCCUGCUUCUCAGAGAUUAUGAAAUUCCUUCUCUCUUCACUGCUCUCACUGAGACAGAGAUGACCUACUCUUUGCAAAUUCUGCUGGAGCUGGAAAUGGACAUGAAAGGAAGUGGAGCCAACCCUUUUGCAUCACUAAAGCCAGAAGUUGUGGACUCAUGUGCCCACAAACCUCCAGUCUACUGCAACUCCCACUACUUCUGUUUUCAGGGUCUGCUGGAGACUGUGGAGUUUGAAGAACCAGAGGAUGCCUGAAAAACAGCAGCGUGCUGACUCUUCCAGCUUUGGGACUGUAAAGUUUUGUUUUUACGUGAACUUUAACUAUUUUCUUAAAGUAGUUUAAAAAAAAAAUACUACUUAAUGUGUACAUUUGCUGAAUAGGUUCUGCCUGAUGGCUACUUACUAUGCAAUGUCCCUGCUGCAUUUGCAUUCUCACUAUCUCAGUUUGAUGGCAUUCAACAGCCACGGUGAUGACAUUUGAAUAUACUGCCUGAGAUGUAUUAUUGUGUGUAGAGGGUAAAAUGUUAUAGUAAUAGUUUGCUGUCUUCUGUGGUUUUAAUCUUUUGGUUAUGGCCUCUUUUUUCAUCUGCUGUUACAAUAACC